CUUACAAAAUACAAUAUAUAUUACCAACAUUCAUUUUCAUAAUUUCCAAACACAAAACAAUGAACACAACUAGUCUCCUCCUUCUAACAUCAUCACUACUUCUUCUAUCAUGUGCCACGCACGUGCUCUCCGUAACACCAUGUCCACCCUGCGGUAACACAACCGUCCCAUUCCCACUUAGCACAACUCCCACAUGCGGUGAUCCGUUAUACAAAAUCCAGUGCACCGCUUCCGGUUCAUUACUUUUCAACACAGUAAAUAAUUCCUACCCAAUCCAAUCCAUAAACCCGAAAACACAACGGUUCAUAAUCCAACCCGCUUCAAUAAUCCCAAAAACCUGCACAACAACCGAUAAAAUCCACCAAGGAAUAAUCCUCAACAACACUCUUCCAUUCAACAUCACAAGCUCAAACACGAUCGUGUAUCUCAACUGUACACGUACGCUUCUUCAAUCGCCGCUUAAUUGCUCCGCCGCGAGUGCUUGCCACGCUUACAUCGACGCUACUGAUUCUAUUUCCGCCUGUCAGACCGGUCCGGUUUGUUGUACUUAUCGAACCGGUGGUUCGAGUAACUCGUAUCAGAUUCGUGUUAGGGAUACGGGAUGUAGUGCUUAUUCGAGUUUUGUUAAUCUUGAUACUGGUCUUUCUGUGAACCGUUGGUCUAGACCGGGUUUAGAGAUUCAGUGGUUAUCGCCUAGAGAAACUGUUUGUGUGUCACAGAAGGAUUGUGAUGCUGCCACGUCGACUUGUGGGGUUGAUGGUUCUUCGGGUAAUGGGAUCAAGCGGUGUUUUUGUAAUGGAGAGCUUGUGUGGGACCCGGUUCAAGGGGUGUGUACUAAAAAAAUUACUUGCUUUAAUCCAGAUGGGUGUGACUCGAGCAACAAGACAGCCAUAAUAGCAGGUACAACAUGUGGAGUUGGAGCUGCAGUCAUCCUAGCAAUAAUUGCAUUUCUUCUAUACAAACGCCACAAACGUAUAUUAGAAGCACAACGACGACUAGCCAAAGAGCGUGAAGGAAUUCUAAACGCAAGUGGUGGAGGAAAAGCCGCCAAACUUUUCAGCGGCAAAGAGAUAAAAAAAGCCACAAAUGAUUUCUCAGCAGAUCGCCUCCUUGGCGUUGGCGGCUAUGGCGAAGUCUACAAAGGCAUUCUUUCAGACGGAACCAAUGUAGCUGUUAAAUGUGCUAAACUCGGAAACCCAAAAGGCACUGACCAAGUCCUCAACGAAGUUCGCAUAUUAUGCCAAGUUAACCACAGAAACCUCGUUGGUUUACUUGGUUGCUGCGUCGAAUUGGAGCAACCAAUUUUGGUUUAUGAGUUCAUAGAAAAUGGGACCCUUCUUGAUCAUUUAACAGGUCAAAUGCCAAAGGGUCGGGCUUCACUUAAUUGGAACAAUCGUCUUCACAUUGCUCGCGAUACUUCUGAAGGUCUUUCUUACCUUCACUUCAUGGCAGUACCACCAAUUUACCAUAGAGAUGUUAAAUCAAGUAACAUUCUUCUAGAUUUCAAGAUGAACGCCAAGGUUUCGGAUUUCGGGUUAUCUCGUUUGGCUCAAACGGAUAUGAGUCAUAUCUCAACUUGUGCUCAAGGAACACUCGGGUAUCUUGAUCCUGAGUAUUACAGAAACUAUCAGUUAACUGAUAAGAGUGAUGUUUAUAGCUUUGGAGUUGUGUUGCUUGAACUUUUGACGUCUCAGAAGGCGAUAGAUUUUAACAGGGCUUCGGAUGAUGUGAACUUGGCAGUUUAUGUUCAGAGGAUGAUGGAUGAAGAGAGGUUGAUAGAGGUUAUUGAUCCUGUUUUGAAGGAUGGAGCUAGUAAUAUAGAGCUUGAUACUAUGAAGGCUUUGGCUUUUUUGGCGUUGGGUUGUUUGGAGGAGAAAAGACAGAAUCGACCUUCAAUGAAAGAGGUGUCGGAGGAGAUUGAGUAUAUUAUCAGUAUUGCUUCUGCGAAGGGAGUGGAGAAGUAGUUACAACUGAGGGAGUAGAGUUUUUAACUUGUAUUAUCCUGUUAUUAUGAUUUUGUCUACAUUUAUGAAUUGUGAUUGUGCAUGUUUGUAUUUGUUGGGUGGUAAAAUAUAGGUUCUUAGUUGUUUGUAAAUUUAUAUGUAAUAUAUUAUGUUUAACUUGAUUUACAGAAUGAAAUGUAGUACUGAUGGAAAACAGGACUUAAGGUUAUGAAAUUGUUUUGGUUUCAUUA